AUGGCAUUACAACAACUCGAUCCGAACAGCUUGACGCUCGCAUUAACGACUAUAAGCUUUGUGACUAGCCCAUUCGAAGCCCCGAGAUAUAAUCUGCCCAUACACUUAUUCGGUAUCUAUGCCUUGGACAAAACCGAAUCCAAUGAGCCCCUAAGAUUGUUCACCGCUAUGGAGGGGGUUAGCGUCCUGUUCGAUAUUAUAUACAUGUGGAGACAUGAACAGAAUGGAUUCAUCAAACUUUUGACCAUAAUAUUGACUUUGGGAAAGAUUCCCACGUUCUUCAUCCUACUUCAAACACUCAAAGCUCGGGGUGACCAAUAUGCCCACUCUAUCAGUGGUGGAGGAGGAUUCCAGAGUCAGACUGUUUGGUCAAUGCCAGGAGGAUUCCGACAGGGGGGUUAUGACCCAGUAGGUGAUGACCUCGAAGGAGCAGCACCUCAACCUCCACCUCCACGUAAUGUGCAACCGACCAACCCCUCCCACCAUCAUCAGCCGAUCUCACAAGGCCAAGCUCCUCAAACGGCCGUUCCGGGAGGCUACCAAGCUUCAUAA